CAUCGGCCAGCUGGGCAUUCUGCCCCUCUCCCAACCUAGCGUCGCACACCUUCCUCCGCCUGCCGCGCCGCUCGCCGCCGCGCUCCCUCCGCACCCUGCUAGCGGCUCGAGAAACACAUGCCAAGGUAGAGGGCACGUCGCAGCUCCUGGGGACCAGCUCCCCAACACGCCGCCAGGAAAAAAGGUCGAGCUCCACCGUCUGGACAGGCGGCAAAGAUUGGGCAGCAGCACGCCCGCUUCUUCUGAACGGCGCCGUCGGGGUCGGACACACAGACAAUGAUGCUGGAACUGAGCUACAAUCUGCCAGUAAUUGGCGUAUGCAGAGAGGAGAAUCCAUAUCCUGCGACCUGUACAGGUAUAUGCUCAUCUCGCUUGCUCUAAAAUUUUGCAAGUUUUUAGUAUAUUUAGCCACUCGCUCUCACCGACAGGUGAUGUUUGGACGACCGGCAAGGGUCCCUCUCAUCACCUGUACAUGAAAAUUUUGCUUGAAUGGAUGUCACAUGAAAAUGUUUGGUCAACCAAGCAAUGGCAGUAGUAGAAGUAGACCAAUCAUUUGCUUGGAUGGAUGUCACAUCAAGACUAAAUUUGGUGGACAACUUUUAACUGCUGUGGGAGUUGACCCAAAUGACUGUAUAUUUCCAAUUGCAAUGGCAGGAGUAGAAGUAGAGUCCUUGAGCACAUGGAAGUGGUUUCUUGAAACACUUAAAGAAUAACUGAAAAUUAGCAACACAUAUCCCUGGACCAUUAUGACUGACAAACAAAAAGUAACUAACACAUCACUUCUCAUAUUAUUCUUGCAAGGUUUAUGCCAUUAUUAAUUUCUCAUGAUCAUUUAUUUCUGUCCAUGCAGGAUCUCAUACCAGCAGUACAACAAGUUUUUCCAGAGUCAGAACAUUGGUUUUGUGUCUGGCAUCUUUACCAAAAUUUUCAGGAACAUUUCAAUGGUGAGAACCUCAAGAAUCAGCUUUGGGCAUGUGCUAGAUCUAGUUCUGUUCAACAUUGGAAUACUAACAUGGAGGUCAUGAAGGUUCUUGACACUGAUGCCCACGCUUGGCUUGAGAAAAUGCCACCAAACACUUGGGUAAGGGCUUUUUUCAGUACUUUCCCUAAGUGUGGCAUCCUUCUUAACAAUAGUUGUGAAGUGUUCAACAAGUAUAUACUUGAUGCAAGAGAGCUGCCCAUACUCAGUAUGCUUGAAAGGAUAAAGGGACAACUCAUGACUAGAUUCUACAACAAGCAGAAAGAGGUCAAUGACAAUUGGACAGGGCCUGUUUAUCCAAAAAUUAGGAAAAAAAACUAUUGAAGAAUUCAGACUAUGCUAACCUGUGUUAUGUGAUGCCAUCUGGUAAGGGCAUUUUCUAAGUGCAGUGUAAGGGUGCUGACUAUAAUGUUGAUAUUUGCAACAAGACAUGUGACUGCAGAAGAUGGGAUUUUACAGGAAUCCCAUGCAACCAUGCUGUGGCCUGUCUUAGGCAUGAAAGGAUCCCUGCUGAGGAUGUACUUCCAAUCUGCUAUUCCACUAAAACAUUCAGUAAGGUGUAUGGUUUCAAUAUAAUGCCUUGUGCCGACAAGAAUAGUUGGGAAAAGACCAAUGGACCUAAAGUGCUACCACCAGUGUAUGAGAAAAAAGUUGGAAGGCCACCUAAAUCUAGGAGGAAGCAGCCCCAUGAGGUGCAAGGCAAGGAUGGCCCAAAGAUGUCCAAACAUGGUGCUAUCAUUACUUGUAGCUGGUGCAAAGGCCAACAUCACAAUAGAGCUGGAUGCAGUCUUAGGAAACUGGGAAUUAAACCUAAUGCUCAUAGCAAUCCAAAUCCUGUUGUUGAUGAAGACAUCCUAGAUGACGAACCUGUCAUCACCCAGGAAACUGGUCACCCGCAAGCUGUGGACGUACAACUUCAUGACACCAUAUUAUCACAAAUGUUAGAAGAGGCUUCAAGUACUAUUGCUCCAUGCCAAUCUCUUGGACCUCUGCCAGAUUGUUCUUACAUUGCAGCCAACCAACCUGUUCCACGGCCUGUCCCACCUACCACUGCAUCCAAGGCUAUCAAGGCAGUAGUGAACAAGCGAAAGGCUCCAGGAACCAAGCUGAAGGAUGCAACAGGGAAGAAAGGAAAGGCCGCAGGGAACAAGACCAAGACCAAGACUGUAGGCGAAACUACAAAGAAGAAGUAAUGAAGAAGCCACCUUUUGUGAAUGGCCGCUGCUGCUGGCCCAUUUUGUGAAUGAAAGAAGCUGACCCCUUUUGUGAAUGAAAGAUAGGUCUCUUUUUGUGAUGUAAUUUGCUCCAAAACUAUGUCUGGAUGCUUACAUUAUGUGAUAUUUCGUAGCUGUAGAAGGGUUGUGUGGGCUCUGUAAAACAGCUAAAUCGGAGCUCUUAUCCAUGUUGCUAGCACCAAAAAACUUAUGUGAAUGCUAUGGGCUUAUAAUAUAUUAAGCUGGAUGCAUUUCCCAGCCACUA